AUGGAUCAAGCGUCUGCCUCUCAUCAUCGCCAAUCUUUCCGUCGUCUACAGUGGAAAAGGGACUUUGCCAUUCGCCAAGUGACACUUUACCAUGGUCAAGAUAAUCGCCUGAAAUGUUCCCCUGGGGGCUCGAUGAUUGAGGAGUUUCUGACUUGUUACUCACCCGACUUCGUUCCUCCUCGCCGCUACGAGCUUCUAAGACGUUUCUUGGAACGAACCGGAGCUCGCUCGUUUCCCGAGGCAAUUAGAUCGUUUCCUGCUGACACACGCAUACUCGCGAUACUUGAUGAUCGAUGCGAUCCCUGUGUGAGCGUCUCACUUCCGAGCGGCGCGAGGUUUCUGCCUCUCAGGCAGUGGGAAUCGGACGGCUACAUGCAACGUCCUCCAGAGGGGCUGCACAUUCACGUUUACGGCGCGGACGCUGAAACGUUACACGUUAACCUGCAAAAGGACGAUCGAGGGUUCGUGUUGGAGUUCCACCUGCCUUACUACGCCCUACGACCUGAUCGGCCCGAUCUUCGCGAUUCCCGAGGACUGCGCAAACAUCGAUACUUUAGGCCUCCCGGCGAAGAAGAGCAAGAUUGCAUAUAUGAGGCUCAACUCUCGCUGAUAGUGUUUGGGGUCGAUGAUUUCUUCUGGGCGGCUUACUUUUGCGAAGAUACGUACUUUGCCAACCAGGAUCUGGUAGCGAACUGCCUGCAGGAUGAGGUAGAUGGACCUUCGCUUGGUAGGAGAAUGCACAAGUUUCCCAUAUGGGAUCCAAGGUACUACUUUCUGUCGAUUCUUGCAACACGGACGGGUCAGAUCACGUUAGAAUGGACAGUGCUUGUCCAGUCGCUGGAGAACGUCCUGGAUCAGCAUGGGGAAAUAGACCAGGAAAAUCUGAACAUGUUCCUCGAGAACGAUCCAACUUUGAAGAAAACUAAGGAGUAUACGUGGAUACUUUGCACCCUGCGUCGCCUUCGGAAUGGUUUAGCACGAGUUAUAGCCGCGCUGAUUGCAUUCGACAACAACAAUACGGUUUACUUCGAUCUUGACGCGGAUGGCCCUCUACAGGACAAGUUUCGCGGUUGUUUCAGUCAGGUACGCCAACACACCGCCGAGCUCGAGGCCUUGCGGAUGAUACUUGAACAGCGCAUCGAGAUUAUGGAGAAGAUGUCUGGCGUCUUGGUCAAUGCCUCAUCACUCGCAGAAAGUAUCACUGCCACCCGUCAAGGCGACAAUAUCAGACUCCUCACUUAUAUCACCAUUGGCGCAUUCAGCAUGAAUCAAGUCGCCAAUGAGGUUGCCUGGUGGAAAUACUGGGUCUCUGUGAUUCUGGUCCCUUGUCUGAGAAAAUCGACAGCUUGA